AUGCUGGGGACCGCUUCCGCUAGCAUUUCUGACUUUGUCGCUGCUAUCGAGAAACGAAUCCGUGAAAGUCAUUUGAAGAGUACCUUGCAUAGUGCCGGUACAACUAUUGAAGGCCCUUGGGAUGAAGUUACCAAUUUGAUUGGCGAACUGCACGAGUACGCUCACGAAUUAGGCUACGUCAGAGUCCACACGGAUAUUAGAAUUGGUACCAGGAGCGAUAAAGACCAAACUGCUCAGGACAAGAUGGAUGUGGUCUUGGAAAAGCUAAGCAAAUAG